UAUUUUGAGCACUCUUCUUAUAAACAAAAUUAACAACUUUCUCUUUCUUUCUAACAUUCUUCCCUUCUUCUUACAAUCUUGUAUCUUUCCUUAUUUCCAGCUAUCGAACCAUGGAAGUCGUUCUUGAGCCUGUCGUCUCCGAACUCGUUGACGGGUUGUUUAAGAUAUUGGGGUCCGAAGAAGUGCGGGACUUUGCCCGGCAACUUGUUGGGGGGGUAGAUUCAGAGAUCAGAGAGCUGGAGAACAAGUUGCGGAUGGUUGAAGACCUUCUUCGCAAUGCAGAAGACAGGCAGCUGAUGGAUAAACGAGUCAAAGAGUGGCUUGACAAUCUUCAACAUUGGGCUUAUGAUGCGGACGACAUACUGGAUGAGUUUGCCUACGAAGCUUUGCGACACAAACGCAAGGCAGAACACCAGGCUAGCUCCAGCAAAGUAUUUAGCUGUCUACCUGCUUCUUUCUCUAGUCCUUUGUUCGCUGUCCAGAUGGGGUCCAAGAUCAAAAAAAUCAAUAGCCGGUUGGAAAAACUUCGUCAACAAAGAUCAGCUGAACGUGAAUUUCAAAAGCUUCCUGGACUGCCACCAACUAACAUCGCUGCACCGCAAAAACCAGAGGAAACUUCAAGCGUCCCACUUGGACAAGUUUAUGGCAGAAACGAAGAUGAAGUCGAAUUACUGAAAAUGGUGAAAAGUGUUGCCAACUUUCAACCAAUAGCAGUUGUCGGCGUGGGAGGGAUCGGCAAAACAACAAUUGCUCGAGAAGUGUACAAUCACAAGGAGUUGGAAGAUAUCAAGUUUGACAAAAAAGCGUGGGUGUGUGUUUCAACCACCUUUGACGUUCUCACAAUCUCAAAGAAACUUCUUCAGCAAUUCUCGUCCUCCGUUCCAGAUAAUUUAAAUGAUGUCCAAGUUCAGCUGAAAGAGGCAGUAAGUGGAAAGAAAUUCUUGAUAGUAUUAGACGAUAUAUGGAAGGUGGAGUACAUCGAAUGGGAAAAGCUUAAGUCUCCUUUUGCAGCUGGUGCACUUGGAAGCACGAUGAUCGUGACAACACGCCAUGAACAUGUUGCAAAAGAAAUAAGAUGCUCUCAUACUCAUCGAUUAAGUCUUUUAUCCGACGGAGAUUGUAAAUCCUUGUUUCAGGAGCAUGCGUUUGGGACUGGUGCAGCUGCUAAUGCUGAUCAAAUUUCCAUUUCAAUUUAUGAAAGAGUUCUUAAAAGGUGUAAAGGCCUACCACUGGCAGCAAAGACCCUCGGUUGUCUUUUACGCUCUAAGCCGAGUGACACUUGGGAAAAAAUAUUGGAUAGCAAAAUAUGGAGUACAUUUAAUGAAAGUGAUCACAUUCUCCCAGCAUUAAAGCUAAGCUAUCAUUAUCUUCCUUCGAAUCUAAAAAGAUGUUUUGGCUAUUGCGCAAUUUUUCCUCAGGAUUACGAAUUUGAGGAGAAGGAACUUGCACUUUUAUGGAUUGCGGAAGGUAUUGUUCAACCAUCAAAUGAGCAACUAGAUGAGGCAGGUGAGUGUUUUCAUAAAUUAUGUUCAAGGUCGCUUUUCCAACAAUUGAGUAGUGAUAGCUCUAAAUAUGUCAUGCAUGAUCUUGUUCAUGAUCUUGCUCAAUUGGUUUUUAAAGGAAUCAGUUUUAGAUCUGAGCAAAAUAUUGUUGAACUGUCGGAAAAGGUUCGUUAUUUUACUUAUGAACCUGAUGAUUAUACCGGAAAAAAUAAAUUUGAAGCCUUGAAAAAAGCAAAAAGACUAAGAACAUUUUUGCCUAUGAAGCCUAAGUCAAAGUGUUAUAGAAGUGCUACUGUUAUUUUUGAUUUAGUGCCAAAAUUUGAAAUGUUGAGAGCACUAUCUUUUGAAGGAUAUGAAAUUAUUUAUUUACCUGAUUCAAUUGGAGAUAUGAUUCAUCUAAGAUAUCUCAACUUCUCUAAUACUACGAUAAGAAAUUUGCCUGAGUCAAUAUGCCAAUUAUUUAACUUGCAAACUUUGCUAUUGAAAGAUUGUUUUUAUCUCAUGAAGUUACCUUCCAAAAUGAGAUAUUUGAUCAAUUUAUGUCAUCUUGAUAUAAGUGGUCAAAAUUUAUUGACAGAGAUGCCAUAUGGAAUGAAAAAGUUGAAAAAUCUUCAAGUGUUGUCUAAUUUUAUUGUGGGAGAGGAUACACGUUCUUAUUUGGAAGAUUUGAGGAGUUUAAGUUUUCUUCAAGGAGAGCUUCACAUUUCAAAAUUACAGAAUGUGACAGAUCUAAAUCACAUACAAGAGCAAAUACUAAGCAAUAAGAGCAAACUAAAAGUGUUGAUACUAGAAUGGAGAGAUCAAAUAAACUCACAGGCAACAGAUGUAGAAAUGAAUCUACUUGACAAGCUAAAGCCUCCUAUCAAUUUAAGAGAACUCACAAUCAGAGGCUAUGGUGGUGAAAGUUUUCCAUCUUGGUUAGCAGAUUUGUCAUGGCUCUCUAAUUUGCGUGUGUUUACUAUUGAAAAAUGUCCCCAACUUAUUGGAGAAGUUCCUAAUUAUUUUUCUUCAUUAGAAAGAUUUGUUAUUAAGGAUUGUUCAAAGUUGGUGGUCUCAUUAUCAAAUUAUCCAAUAGGUUGCAAAUUAGAAAUUAAUAAUUGUGAAGGAAUGGUAUGUAAUGAUGGUUCAAUUGAUUUUGAGAAUUUGGAUUCUACAUAUCUUGCAAAUAUUUUGACAGUUGAAGAUAAAUUAAAGAAAGGUUCUCAGAGAGUACAUCAUUUGAGGAUUGCUCAUAAUGAAGAGAUUAUGAAAUCAUGGCAAAGUUUGGAAAACACCAAUUUUCUUUCCAAUAUAAAUUCUCUUGAGAUUAGUGGGUGCCAGAAUCUAAGAUCUAUUGGAAGGGGCAUGCUACCAUCAUCUAUGGAAAAAUUUGAUAUUAAAUUCUGUCAUAGUCUAAUAUUCAUUGAUAGCGAUACCUUACCUUUAUCUCUAAAAAAGCUUAGGAUUGAAUUAUGUAAAGAACUGAAAAUUUUGAAGGAUUUAAGUGUUUGUUCUCUUAUUGAGUCCAUAAGUGUUUUAUGGUGUGAAUCUCUCAAGUGCAUAUCAUUAGAUGGUCCGUUGCCUGAGACACUCAACCAACUAUAUGUUGUACGUUGCAAAGCACUGGAAACAUUAUCAUCUAGUAGAAAUGAGUACCUCCCUAAGGCACUUACAUCCAUACGUAUUUUUGAUUGUGAAGAGCUAAAGUUAAUUGCUGAGUCCUUUGAUGAUAGCACGUGUCUUAAAGAGAUUAGUUUAUGGAAAUGUGAAAAUCUUGAAUCCUUACCUUCAGGUCUACACCAUCUUCCUUGCCUUGAGUCUAUUAGAAUAGAUAGAUGUCCAAAAUUGUCGGUGAGAGAAGGUGUUCCCACCAGCCUUAGACAACUCUUAAUUAAUGAAUGCGAAGAUGACAAGGGAAUGGGAAUGGGAACGGGAAUGCUCACCUCUCUAAAAACGUUAGAAAUAUCAUCCCUCCCACAGCUUAAAUCCAUCUCAGACCUGACCAACCUUACCACUCUUGAAAGGUUGGAUAUCAUUUCACUCCCACUGCUUGAAUCUAUCUCAGACCUGAACAACCUCAAAUCUCUAAAAGAGUUACGAAUCUCAUCCCUCCCACAGCUUAAAUCCAUCUCAGACCUCACCAAUCUCACCUCUCUAAAAUGGAUGCGAAUCGAAUAUCUCCCACAGCUUGAACUAAUUUCAAAUCUCAGCGGCCUCACCUCUCUUACAGAGUUGUACAUUGAGGAAUGCCAAAAGCUCAAAUCAAUUCCAAGUCUCAGCGGCCUCACCUCUCUUACAGAGUUGUACAUUGAGGAAUGCCAAAAGCUCAAAUCAAUUCCAAGUCUCAGCGGCCUCACUUCUCUUGAACUGUUGAAGAUCCGUCGUCUCCCACAGCUUGAAUCAAUUCCAAGUCCCAGCGGCCUCACCUCUCUUCAAAAGUUGACGAUCGCUGAUCUCCCACAGCUUGAAUCAAUCCAAGAUCUGAGCAACCUCACCUCUCUUAAAGAUUUACAUAUUUCCAAUUGCCCAAGGAUCAAAUCAAUUCCAAGUCUCAGCGGCCUCACCUCUCGUGAACGAUUCUAUAUUUACAAUUGCGCAAACCUCAAAUCCAUUCCAGAUCUUGGCAACUUCAAAGAUUUAUCAAUUAUGGGAUGCCCAAAACUCAAAUCCCUACAAACCCUGCCAUCCUCACUUCAGUCCUUAUCUAUUACAAAGUGUCCACUGCUUAUAAAACGAUGGAAAAGUGUUACGGGAAGAUAUUCCUCAAAGAUUGCUCAAAUUCCUAAAGUUGUAAUAGAUGGCAAAUUCAUCUACAAUUCAAAGGAGGUAUCAUGGAGUUGAUUAAUCGAAGCUGAUGGUCAACAAGAAUCUCUCAAUUGUUGUUUGUCCAGGACUGCUAUGCUUAGAUUCAAUGUUGCAGAAAUCAUCGGAAAGGCUUAAAAUUUUCCUUCUCUAACUUCAUAUAUUUUACUAAAACAAAAUUCUGAGCUAUCAACAAGAUUCUUAGAUUGAAGUUUAUUAAGUAAGAAGCAAGUAAAAACUAUUUCUCUAGUUUCAGAAGUAGAGUAUGGCAUUUUGAUCUUACAAAUUGAAAGUGGUUCCUCUGUUUCAAAACUUCUGUACUUUGUCAUCUCAUGGAUUGUCUCAACUUUUGUGGCUCCAAGGUAAUCAAAAGUGCCACUGUCUCCAACUUAGACAAGCAACUGUUAGAACCUAAUCCUGGCAUGUCUAAGUUUUCCAGAUCUAAACUUACUGCGUGUCUGCUUGCUGAAAUUCCAAUACUGAGAUUGUAUCUUCUAGCUGUUGCAACCGUUAAUGAAGCAGCAUUUUUCCUGCUUGUGUGUAUGGAUCCCACACUUAAAUUGACAUUGUAGAGAUCGUUGUAGGGCUUAAAGUUUUCCUCCUCCAACUUCAUAUGGUGAGAAAAACGAAGUACUGGACCUCUACAUAUCCUGCUAAAGCAGUACAACCAGUCAAUGCUCAUAUAACAAAGCACAUGAGAUAUUCUUUCUUGAUCCUUUUACAUAGUCUUAUUCUUACAUGUUCCCACCAUCAUUACACUUUUAUUUUAGGAAAGCAUGUCUCCUUAAUUUGAAUGUUUUAAUAUUCAAGGUGAAUAUUGAAAGGAUUUUAAGAUGAAAUCGACACAACUUCAAGGGAGUAAAUUCUUCAUUAGGAAUAUUCCAAUAUUCGGGAUUCUAAAUAAAGGGAGGAACAUUUAGAGGCAGAAGUUGAAAUAUUUUCCGUCUAAUUGAUCUAAAGCUUAUUUCGUGCAAUUUAGGACCCCUAUAUGCGUGGAUUCAGCGUUGCAAGAAUCAUUGGAAAGGCUUAAAAUUUUCCUUCUCUAACUUCAUAGUACUUACAAAUUGAAAGUGGUUCCUCUGUUCAAACACUUCUCUAUUUUGUCUUCUCAUAGAUUCUCUCAACUCUUGCGGUUCCAAGGUGCCACUGGCAACCUUGCUGAAAUUACAAUACAGCUGUUACAAUGGCUAAUCAAGUUGCAUUUUUCUGCUUGUGAUCCCUACACUUAAAUUAAACAUUGCAGAUGUCGUUGCAGGACUUAAAGUUUUCCUUCUCCAACUUCAUGUGAAUCCUAAAAGAAUUUCGAGAUGAAAUCCACACAACUACAAGAGUUAUGUGUCACUUUGAAUGAAAUACUCAAAUAAGAUGUUCAGCUUAUGACAUUUCUGUAGUAACUUGUGAGCAAUCAAUUUUUAUGGUAAAACUGCAAGAGAAAAAAUCUCUAGAAUCACAUCUUACAAACUUUGGAGAUCAAGAGAAAAGGAAGUUAGGGCAAGAAAUCUCGUAAAGCAAAUUGAUGAGAUAAAAACAUAGGACAUCGCUUCAAAAAUUUGUGAUAUGCCUCCAAGGUUUGAAAGUUAAGCACACAAACAGAAACAUGGCUACAAAGAAUGGAGAAAAUAUAGAGUUUUGAAGAAUAAACCACUAGAUCAUUUCUUCACAAACUUGGGACUCAUCGCGUCACUAUGGCAUCAUAAACUUAAUGUGAUGAUAAGAGGAAUAUGAAGCUAGUAGGGCAACAAUGUAGGCAAAGGAAAUCUACUAAAGUAGCAAGAUAUCAGUUCCAACCAUGGAUUAAAGAAAACAAAAAAAAAAAACUCUAAAAUCUCACCUCUUGAACUUGUGGAGAUCAAGAAGUGUUCUCCACUUGUAUAUUUUGUCAAAGAAGUUUGGAGAAAAAAACGGAAGGAAAGUCAAAAUAGCUUCAACAGGCUACAUGACAAGAAUUUUUCUCAAUAAAUUGGACAAGAUUAAAAGAUUUGAUUCGUCCACUAUUUUCUUGUUCAUAAAAUUAUGAUGAUCUAGGCACACAGUUGGAAAAAUUAAGUUCACUAACACCAAACAGUUAGUAAGGCCACAAACCACUAGAUCAUUGCUUCACAGACUUGGGGCUUCAUCAUGUCACCAUGUCAAAAAAUGCAGUUGCAGGGUGCUACAGACCUGGAGUUUUGCCUUGAAGCUGCUCUUCACUACUGCUGGAUUAGUGGCAUCAGAAUAUUUGCUGGAGAUUUUAAUGUGUUUGGGAUGAAAUAGAUGCUGAAGAUGUGCUGCUGGGUUGGCUCUUCCUUGCUGCUGCAUUCCUGUUACUGGACUAAUACUGGAACAAGAAAUCUGGAAUUUAUGUAUUAUAGCUACUAUUGUAUUGAAUGAUAAAUGUACUCAAAUAUCAGAACAAUAUUUGUAAACUGAUACUUGUAUUGAAAAGAUUUUCCAAAAUUACAAUGAAAGUUCAAUUGAUCCA